UGAAGGGCUCCUGGGGUAAUCAAGUUUGAUAUGCAGAGCCUUGUUGGGUUUUACGUAGGGGGUCUGUCUGAGUGUCUACUCAAGCCUCGAUGCCUAUUCUGUUCAAGCAGAGUUCGAUCUCAGUCAGGGUCCUUGACUUGGGCGGCCCUCGGAGUCCAGACAAGGAUGCCAGCAUUGUCACUUUUGACAAGAUGCAUAUCCGUACGUUCAAGCUAUGCUGUGGCUGCGUGGCUGGGGAGCUGCCCUGAUGAAUGUAAGGGCCAUUAGCAGACGCAUCAAAGCCAGCCAGACGACCCUUGAUACAUAUAGGACGCUUUACCAUUUGAUGGGCCGCAUAAUGGGGUGAAUUUCUUUCUCAACAACCAUUCCUGAGUCUGGUAGCUUCCUUCCCCACAAUGAAAAACGUCAUACUACGCCCUCUAGGCGUUCUCCUGCCCUAAUGGCAGUAAAGACAAAUGCGGUGGCAUCAAAUGAUCGUCCAGACUGGAACCUAGGUGGUGUUUGGGGCAAGGCCAGCGGUGUCAAAGACACCAACAACGUAUGUGUCUACUAGAACAUCCGCUAUGCGUCGCUGCCUGUGGGAAAAUUGCGCUUCAAGGCCCCAGAGUAUCCGCCAUCCAAAAACGAGCCUCCUCCUUUCCCAUAUCCAGUUUGCUACCAGAUCGCCGAUAGCAAGUGCCUGGCAGCCAAUCCAUUCGACGAGGAUGCCAACUGUUUCCCAUCUUACUUUGCCAACCAGACAGAGGACUGUCUGUUCGUUGACGUCUACGUCCCGGCAAAAAUCUUCAAAUCUCCCCACCAGCUCAAGGACCUUCCCGUCGUGCUCUGGAUCUAUGGCGGUGCCUACAUGUUUGGAUCGAAAGACCAGUACGAUCUGUCCAAAGUCCCAUUCUAUUCAGGCGAUGGCAUCAUCAACACUGCGAGUAGGAACAAUGGCGGUAAGCGCCAGUCGAUUAUCUACGUGACAGGGAAUUACCGCCUGGGAGCAUUUGGCUGGCUCGCAGGUGAUUACAUGGAGAAGAACGGCGACCCGAAUGCAGGACUCAUCGACCAGCGCGCCAUGAUGCAGUUCAUUCGCGACCAGAUCGGUAAGAUAGGAGGAAACCCCAAGCAAGUCAGCGUCUGGGGAGAGUCUGCUGGUGCAUCGUCAAUCAUGCACCAUUUGACCAUGCCCAAAAACAUUCGGGAUCCACUGUUUAACCGAGCGAUACUCAUGAGUCCCGCUUACCAAUGGCUAUGGGACCGCAAGGGCGACAUGAACGAUACCUUUACUCAGUUUCUAAAAAACGUUGCUACACAGGCGAAAUGCGCGACCGCAGACAUGGCCUGCUUGCAAUCGACAAAUAGCAGUGUCUUGCCGCAAGUCAAUCGACUAAUUUUCCAAAAGCAAGCCUGUGAUGGAGCCAUGCCUUUGGGUCCUGCUGUCAACGGCAGCACUAUUCCAACAUUGGCGGCAAAUAGCUAUACGAAAGGCCAAGGAAUGUAUUGCUGGCUUGCAAUGCAUUCCGUAUAUCCGGAUAAGUUAGAGCAAUGUGUUAUUUCAAGGACGGUCUUUGUCAUGAGGAGAAAACAAUACAGGGUCCGCUCGAAAGUGAAGGACGAUAUCGGAAUGUCUGCAGUAUGAUGAGAUUGAUGCGAGAGAUACCAGAACAAAACCCGGGUCAGGGACGAC